AUGCUGAUUCAGCCAAUCUUCAUUCUACUCUCCUUUUCUUUUAUUCUGGGAACUGCAAACCAUAAAUAUGCUGAAAAAGAAAUCGAAGGUCUUAUCGAGGGGGAUAUCCAGUUGACUGAUGUUGAAGGAAACCGAGUGAAGAGACAGAUAUCAUCUGUUGAAAAGAAGUGGCCGAAUGGAGUUGUCAGCUAUUACUUUGAUAACGGAAUCAAUGAAACGAGCCGACUGAUUAUCAGAAGUGCGAUGAACUACAUCUCCGCUCGGACUUGUGUGACUUUUGUGGAGAGUAGCACUGCAUCAGACCGAAUUAAAAUUUUGAAUGACGAUUGUUCAUCGCCCGUGGGAAUGAAAGGCGGAGAGCAAGGCUUGAGACUGGGUGAUAAGUGUGUAACGUUCGGAAUGGCCGUCCAUCACAUCAUGCACGCCUUGGGCAUCUACAAUACUAACCAACGCACCGAUCGGGAUGAAUAUCUUACUGUGAACCUUACGAAUGUCCCUGAAUGGUUAUGGCAAGAACUUAAUAUAAAUGACACCACCAAUAACGUAACCCCGUUCGAACAUGGAAGCGUCAUGAUGUUGCCUGAAGAUGUAUACGAGAACGGAACAAUAGAAUCUAAAGAAUUGGAUUAUAAUAAUACAUUGGGAUUUCGACGAGUCACGUUUUAUGAUAUGAUGAUGCUCAACUCUCACUAUUCCUGUUCUUGUGCAGUGGAUUUGGCUUGUAAGAAUGGAGGACGCACCAACCCGGCAAAGUGUUCCGAAUGUCUCUGCCCAGCUGGGUAUGCUGGAACUCUUUGUGAUCAACCACCACCUGGAACUCAGAUGUAUUACACUGACGUUGAGUGGAAGCAGAACAUCACGGUGUUUGGCAAAGUUGACAGUGACCUGCCCAUAGGAGAGCCUCGUAUGACUUAUAUAUGGAUUACUGCUCCAGAGGAUAAGGCUAUCCAAAUGAGAGUCGUCCAUGUGUAUAAUUGUACCUGUGAGCCUGGCUGCAAUUCGAAUGGUGUUGAACCAAAAUGUUGGGCGAGGGAUCCGGCGAUUGUUCACCCAAUAUACUGUUGCGAGAGUGAUAGAAGUAAGAUGAACCGUGUCACUCAGAGCUAUCUGAACCCAACUCCAGUUGUGAUGCAUGAAAGAUCUGGGGAAUGCACCGCGAUCAUCGAAUAUCGACAUGUGACUCCAGCACCGACUACUCCCUCUACUACAACUACCACAACUACGACCCCUAAACCCACUACGACUCCAACUACCACCACUACUACAACUCCUGCCCCAGUCACUACCACGAAGCCAAAAGAUUGUCACAGUACUGCUACCCAAACGACUACAUGUAAAUGCACUACUACACAUACAAAGAUGUAUGAGACUGAGGAGUGCAGAAUUGCUGCCGGUGGACAGUGCAGUUCGACAACUGUGACUGGUGGCAGAAAGACCGUCACUAAAUGCUCCAGUGAUACUACUAAUAUUUGA